GUCUAUUCAAUAGGAUAUGGCAAAUUCAGGGAGUUCUGGUAACGUAACUUACACCGAUAAGCAGCUUGUAGCUCUGGAAGAAAUGUAUGCUCAAUGUCCAUAUCCAUCUGCUUCUCAAAGGCAACAGAUGAAGCAUGACUGUCUAGCGCUUAAGGACGUUGAGGAUGAAAAAAUCAAGGUUUGGUUUCAAAAUCGCAGGAGCCUUGAUAAGUUGGAGAAAGACAACGCGGAGUUUCACUUGGUUAGGGAGAGAUUGAUUGCUACACACACCCUUUUGAAGGAAGAAAAUGACAAUUUGAAACAAACAGUGAUGGACCUGCUCUAUGAGAAUGAUUACUUGCAGCAAAACUGUAGGAUGCGUGUCAAGAACCUCUAGAUGUUUAAAUGGUUAUUCAUUCAUUAUUAAAAAUAAGGUUAUCUUGUGUCUUGGUUUGAUGAGGGUGUUUGGUUUAUCAAGCCACUCGUGAAAUGAGGACCAUUGUUUUUAAUUUUUU